UCUCUCUCUCUCUCUCUCUCUCUCUCUCUCCACAAUAAGAGCCACACUGUAGGUAUGGACGAGCAGGCCCGCAUGAUGUUGGGUCAUAUUGGACUAACUGGACUGCCUCACGAGGACGUGGGGGAUCCUGACAACAUAAGGAAACAUCACAACAUGGGCCAGCCGCAGCAGGACAUCGGUGACAUCCUCCAGCAGAUCAUGGUCAUCACAGAUGAGAGUCUGGAUGAGGCCCAGGCCAGGAAACACGCUUUAAACUGCCACAGAAUGAAGCCCGCUCUCUUCAGUGUCCUGUGUGAGAUCAAAGAAAGGACAGCCCUGAGCAUCCGAGGCAUCCAAGAAGAAGACGGCCCCGACCCUCAGAUCAUGCGACUGGACAACAUGCUGUUAGCAGAGGGGGUCGCGGGUCCGGAGAGGGCCGGGGCGUCUGCAGCGGCGGCCGUGGUCGCCGCUGCAGCCGGAGGGUCGCCCAGCGAGGGGGGGAGCGUAGACCACAGCGAGUACAAAGAGAAGCUCGCUCAGAUACGACGGAUGUACCAUGCUGAGCUGGAGAAAUACCAACAGGCAUGCAAUGAGUUCACCGACCACGUGAUGAACCUGCUGAGGGAGCAGUCGCGUACGCGGCCCAUCUCACCCAAAGAGAUAGAGCGAAUGGUGGGAAUCAUCCACCGCAAGUUCAGCACUAUCCAGAUGCAGUUAAAGCAGAGCACAUGUGAAGCUGUCAUGAUCCUGCGCUCCAGGUUCCUGGAUGCCAGGCGGAAACGAAGAAACUUCAGCAAGCAGGCAGCAGAGGUUUUGAAUACAUAUUUUUACUCUCAUCUGGCAAACCCCUACCCCAGCGAGGAGGCCAAGGAGGACCUGGCCAGGAAGUGUUCCAUCACUGUUUCUCAGGUGGCGAACUGGUUUGGAAACAAGAGGAUUCGGUAUAAAAGGAACGUUGCAAAAUUGCAGGAGGAAGCUAACCGGUAUGCUGUGAAGACAGCUGUGGACGCUGCCAGUGUAUCUUCACAGGCAAGCCAAGCCAACUCCCCCGCCACGCCAAACUCAGGAGGAUACCCGGCCCAGUGUUACACUCCUGACGGGAGGUUGUGAGGACUUGCCCGGAGUAACUCUUCUUCCCUCCUCUCUGUGUCCGUUGUUGAACAGUGACGCUGCAUAUAAGAAGCCUCUGGAUAUUCUGAAGCAACUGCUUUUGCUGCCAAACCUGCCUUGUUUUCCCGUCUAUGACUUUUUUUUGGCCCGAGUUCAUCUUCGAUGGUGGAUGUCAACAAAUCUUGAGACCUGAUAAACAGACAUGAUGACGGGAUGCAAGGUCCAUAUAGGAUGAUAUCGUAAUUAUUACCUUAUCAUGAGUCUUAGUUGCCCAUUAUUUAAUUAGUUAAGACUACACUUCACUCCAUUACUUUAACAGAUUGAAUUACUUAAAUUUACUUUUUAUUGCAUCUUCUGCACGAUUACAAAUCUUACAUAUAAGGGCUAAUAAUCCUAUUGAAACAAACUGAGUAGAAAUGAUACUGACCUUGCUCUCUUCAGUCAUAUCCGAUGGUUCUUUGGCGUGUUACUUUAGUUCUCUACAUAUUUCCGGAUGUUUUUUCAUUUUAUCUGAUUAUUCUCCAGCUUUGCUUGAGGUUACUCACAAAUAUCCCAAAUUCAGUAACAAAAAACAGGACAGUUGUACUUUGAGUCCUUUGAAUUGUAUCUCAUCAGCUACUUAUCACUGUUGGCUCACUGGUCAAUACACGACAGAUACAUGGAGUGUCUCACUGGAGAGAAAUCAUCUUCUUGGAAAGCAGAAUAAUACUCUGAAGACUAAAGUGAUGAAAUCGAUGUCUCCGUGUACUGUUGUUUAACAAUUAGUGUCCAGCUUUUGUAGCUUUCAUCAGCAGAAUAAGUCCUUCAACUUCUGUCCAUGCAAUACCACUAACAUGAGUUAUUUGUAAGCAGGUUAACAGCAAUGUCACUGGAUUUUGGAAUCAAACAAUGAGAACAAAAUUAGAUCGCAAAGUAAGAUUACGGCAGUGAAGCAGAACAGGUCGACAGUAUUUGAAUAGGAGAAGGGGCAAAGGGUAAGUUAGGGGUUAAAGGUUGAAAGUGACUGUAUGAAAAAGAGACAGAGAAACAGUGAAAGAGAGAUUCUUCACAGGGGACGAAGUGGGACUGUUCUCCGUUCAUCAUGGAUUUCUCACCCGGGGUUCUGAUCCUGUUUUCUCUGUUGUGUUCAGGUAAUAAAUCGGAUUCACUUUGAAUAGAAUUGCAGCUUUUCUGCUAAUUAGCUUGACGCUUGUAGAGAUGUAUAUCUUUUUUCUCGUACUUUUAAAUGGUCACACGAACUGCUGCUCACACAGCAAUAUAAAAUAAUAUAUGUAUAAACUUCAACAGCAUUGUCCUUUUGGAAACGGUGUCCCGAUUACUUUGGAUCCCAAAUCUAACUGUCUAACUUUCAAUUUAAGAAAUAGUCCCUUCGGAAGCCGUUGAAAGCAUAUUCUGUUGGUUAUCCAGAGUAAUGGUGAUUUCU